AUGGGUUAUACCGACGUUGAUAAGCUGGCUAUCAACACAAUUCGACUUCUAGCCGUCGAUGCCACAUUCGCUGCCAAUUCGGGCCAUCCCGGUGCUCCAAUGGGAAUGGCCCCAGUUGCCCACGUUCUAUUCAACAAGAUCAUGAACUACAACCCAAAGAACUCGUCAUGGGUCAACCGCGAUAGAUUCGUCCUCUCCAACGGCCAUGGCUGCAUGCUCCAAUAUGCGCUCCUUCAUCUUGCUGGGUACAAGAUUUCUCUGGAUGAUAUCAAAGCUUUCCGGUCCAUAGAUAGCAUCACCCCUGGUCACCCUGAGGCUCACGAUACCGAUGGCAUUGAAGUCACCACAGGUCCUCUUGGCCAAGGUUUCUCGAAUGCUGUUGGUCUUUCAAUUGCUCAACACCAUGCUUCUGCCGAAUUCAACAAGCCCGGGUUCGAAUUGAUCAACAACUACACAUACACAUUUUUGGGAGAUGGCUGCAUGCAAGAGGGUGUUGCUAGUGAAGCUGCUUCUCUUGCUGGUCAUUUGCAGCUUGGCAACUUGAUUGCCAUCUAUGAUGACAACCACAUCUCUAUUGAUGGAGACACCAACUGCUCAUUCACUGAAGACGUCAUCAAGCGAUUUGAAGCCUAUGGCUGGCACACGGAGAUUGUUGAGGACGGUGACCAUGACUUGGAGGCAAUGGAGGCAGCAAUCAAGAAAUGCCAGAGUGUCAAGAACAAGCCAUCUCUGAUCAAGCUACGAACAACCAUUGGUUUCGGCUCAUUAGCACAAGGUACUGGUGGUGUCCACGGUUCUGCUCUCAAGGCCCCCGAUAUCAAGCAACUUAAGGAGAAGUUUGGCUUUGAUACCGAGAAGACGUUUGUUGUUCCCCAGGAAGUCUAUGACUUGUACCACAAGCACGGCGCAGAAGGUGCCGCCAAGGAGCAGGAAUGGACCCAAUUGCUCGAGAAAUACACUCAGUCUCACAAGGUCGAAGCCGCUGACCUCAAGCGCCGCUUGGCUGGUCAGCUUCCAGAAGGCUGGGAGAAGAACUUGCCAGUCUACUCGCCAGCAGAUUCUGCUGUUGCAAGCCGAAAGCUUUCUGAGAUUGUUCUUCAAAAGAUCCAUGCUGCAAUUCCGGAGUUGGUUGGUGGUUCUGCCGAUUUGACCUCCUCCAACUUGACUAGAUGGAAGGAGGCCGUUGAUUUCCAGCCCCCUUCCACUGGUCUUGGUGACUGGUCUGGACGUUAUAUCCGAUAUGGUGUACGUGAACACGGCAUGGGUGCCAUAAUGAACGGUCUCGCUGCCUACGGAACUGUUAUCCCAUACAGCGGUACUUUCUUGAACUUCGUUUCCUAUGCCGCCGGAGCUGUUCGUCUCUCAGCACUAUCUCAAGUCCGUGUUAUUUGGGUUGCCACCCACGAUUCCAUUGGUCUCGGUGAGGAUGGACCUACGCAUCAGCCUAUUGAGACUCUUGCCCAUUUCCGUGCUCUCCCUAACUGCAUGGUUUGGCGUCCCGCCGAUGGCAAUGAGACCAGCGCAGCAUACUAUAUUGCAUUGACCUCCAAGCACACUCCUAGCAUCAUUGCUCUGUCCCGUCAAAACCUCCCUCACCUCGAGAACUCGACCCUCGCUCGCGCAAUCAAGGGUGGUUACGUCGUGCAUGAGCCUGAGAAGGCCGACAUCACCCUCGUCUCCACUGGUUCCGAGGUAUGCAUCUGCGUUGAUGCCGUCAAGUACCUAAAGGACAACCACAACUUGAACGCUCGUGUUGUGUCUAUUCCUUGUUUUGAGGUCUUCGAUGCUCAGACCAAGGAGUACCGACUCAGCAUUCUGCCAGAUGGUAUCCCAUCUCUGUCCGUUGAGGCCAUGUCAACCAUGGGUUGGGAGCGAUACACCCACGAGCAGUUCGGUCUCAACAGAUUCGGUGCUAGCGGUGCCUACAAGGACGUAUACAAGAAGUUUGAAUUCACCCCCGAGGGAGUCAGCAAGCGCGCUGUUGCGACUGUUAAAUUCUGGAAGGAUGUCCCCAACAUUCGUUCGCCGAUCAACCGUGCUUUCCAGCAGUUGAUCUAA